AUGGUGAGGGAGUCCAAGGCGGACCAGGCUGCCCAGGUUUCUGGACAGACCGAUGACGCCGAAUCAACAAUCGACCCCGACCACCUUACUGUGCCCACUCCAGGGGAGCGCGGAGGGCGCAGUCGAUCUGGCUCCCACAGGGUUGUCAUCGACGAGAACCAAACUGGCGAGGAUGAGUUGGCGAUUGACCGCGAAGAGACCCUCGUCGAAGACCUGCUGAGAACCAGGCAAAAGAAUGAAGCAGAUAACCGCGAGUUGCUUGGAUCAGACUACAUCGCCGAAACAGGUGUUGCGGGAAGCGGCCAAUGUCUCAACAAGGAUGCGACUACCGCCAGCAUGGUCACUCUUCACUCGGACAGCGAGGAAGACGAAGUCGCCGGGACCGCAACGACCGAUGCAGACCUCGAGAAGAGACCCCAAGCUGCGCAACCCACCAGAGGAGAAGAAAAAGCAUUUGGCGAACAGGGCCCCGAAAUUCGGAGCAAGAAGGAAACGACUGUGUAA